CCUGAUACAAUGCGAGGCUGAUGUGCGGGACAGCGGGACUGUAAACAGUGAUCGCCGCGGGAUUUCUAACAGAGGCAGCGUGUUUUCUCUUUUAAUGGGCGAUGAGCGAAAUGAACGGUCUUAUAGGGAGGAAUAAGAAGAGGCGUCCUGUUUUAUUUGCGCGUGUUUUGUUUUCUGUCUGGGAAUAAAAACAGCGGAACCUGCAAGUGUUUCCUGCUUCGUCCUAACUUUCAGAAAGAAGAAUCCUUCAAGGUGGAGAGUGUGAGAGAGAGAGAUAAAUAGAUAGAGAGAGAGAGAGAGAGAGAGAGAGAGAGAGAGAGAUAGACUCCAUCCACUGAAGACAGAAGUGAUGAUAGUGACAUCAUGUUUUUCUCCAUGAGGCUAUUUGUCAUCGUGAACGUCUUCACCGCUAUACAUGCUGCACUUGCUGUGAACCCUUUAAAUAGCUGGCCUGGUGUGUAUCAUGAUCUGCAGUGGAGAGCUCAGCUGAAUUGUGCACUGACUUCCAGUGGAAAGACCAGUGAGGCCAGUGCUAGCGCCAGCGUUCACAAUCACAGCCUCAGCCACGUCAGCAGCCUUCUCCAGUAUCAGUGCCACAUCCCAAACUCCACAAAUACAACUCAAGAUUCCAGUGUUUCUCAAGUUGUCUCUGAAAACAUCCGUUUGGACGUUCGCUGCUGGCUUGAAGACAAACGAGCAAAUGUCAUUUGUUGUCUAAAACGCCAACGAGCAAGAGAUACGGACACCAGUCAGCUGAUCAUAAGCCUGCGACUGGGGACAGAUACGUGGUCAGAAGAAACAAACAUCACUUCUCAGGUGCAGUGUCCUGGUGAAGAUGAGAUCACAUGCUCCUUUGCCCUUCCUGCCAACAAUGUCUCUGUCUCAUUGUCUGUUAGAGGAUUUCUCAGUGAUCAUCCUGUUCUGACAACCGAGAUGUCCUUCAGCACUGAUCUGCUGCGGAAGCCAGAUGCACCGUUUCAUCUACGUUAUAAUGUAACUGUUGGGGGUGAAGUGGUGAUCGCAUGGAAUGACUCACAAAAUAAUAACCACUCACUUUAUUACGAGCUCCGCUAUUCAUCCAACACAUCUCUUACACACUGGGAGGUGAUUAAUGUCCAGCAUUCGUGGGUGUCUUUGAGUGAGCUUACGUCUGGAGUCAGAUAUACAGUUCAGGUACGCUGUAAGCUCUUCCAUCACCUUCAACACUGGAGCGUGUGGAGUGACUGGAGCCAGCCGUUCUACCUCACACUUGAUGUGAGCUACAUCCCUGCUGAAGUGUUCACCAGUCCCGGAGCAGAAGUAACAGUGUAUGGUGUGCUUCACAACCACAGCUGGACCGCUGCUAAAGCUGUGUGGAUGCUGAAUGGCCAGAUGCUUCCAGAAAGCCAAUACCGAAUGAUAAAUGAAAGAGUCAGUGCAGUCACCAUCAGGGCGAAAGAGCCAGGCUUCGAUACACUAAUGUGCUGUCACCCGUUGGGAGAAAGAUAUAAAUGCAGCAUUGCCUACACCAAGGUCUACAUUGAAGGAUUCUUUGAUGCAAAUAUAACGUGUCAAACCGAUCAGCGUUCGAGAACUGAUUCAAUGACCUGCAAAUGGAGCAAGAGUGCCUGGGCUGUCAUACGCUUUCUGUACAGAAGUUACAGGCGAAUGUGUGAGGAGAUACCACUUGAGGAACGUACCGAGAUACAAACACCAGGAGAGACCAUGGCUGGUGUGGUGGAGUGCCCAGAUGGAUCUGGAGAUUAUAGCGAAUGCACUUUGCAAGUCCUAAGCAUGUUCUUCUGCUAUAAGCUGUGGCUAGUUGUGGAGGGUGGCUCUAACAAAGUGAGGUCACUUCCUGUCUUUAUCUUGCCUGUAGACUAUGUGAAACCGUCACCACCCUCAGACCUGGAAGCAGUCACCCUACCCAACAAAACACUAAGCGUAAACUGGAAGCGUCCUCACCUGCCUGCGUAUGAGCUGCAAUAUGAACUUCGCUAUGUACCGAUUCAUGGGAUGGCAGAUUUACAGUGGAAGGUAUUUGGACCUCUCUAUGAGUCAUGGGCAACAUUUCUGGUAAAGGACGCAUGCAUACAGUACAAGGUUGAGGUGCGCUGUCGAAGACUUAACGGCUCGGGUUACUGGAGUGACUGGAGCAAGGCUCAUGCAUCCUCGGUUUAUAGUGCUAAAGCACCAGAGAUGGGGCCAGACUUCUGGAGAAUUAUACAAGAGACUUCAAGUUACACUAAUGUAACUCUGCUCUUUAAGCCUUUUCCGGCAGAAGAACCAGCCAGCUGCGUGCAGCGACUUAUAGUCGUGCACCAGACUUCAGGGGGCAAUGUGUGGUCAGAUGACAUAGCCCCAAGCUCAUUUUACACAUUCCAGUGGGGAAAGGAAAUCCAUAGCAUCACCGUCAUAUCCCGAAAUUCUUUAGGUUCUUCAGCCAAGAAUAGUAACAUGACCCUGGUGCGUCAGCCUAAACGACAGUGUGUGCACCGGUUUUACGUAGCAGCCAAUACAUCUUGUGUGUUUUUCUCCUGGAGCCUGGUGUGUGAGCAGCCAUCGCUCCGGUCCUUUGUGCUUGAGUGGCUGGAUUUGAGUGGUGAUUCCAGCCAGGGCAAGACCCCACCAGGGAGAGUAGAGUGGCUCAGAGUCGCUUCAACCGCAAGGGAUCUCCAGCUGUGCCGACCUUUUUAUGGCACAGAGGAGUUUAAGCUAUAUCCUGUGUUUGUGGAUGGUGAAGGGGAGCCAGUGGCAUGCACAGCUGUUCGAAGUGACCCUGCAGCCUACAUGCUUCUCAUGAUCAUCGCCUUCCUCUUCGUCGUCCUGUUUGUCACUUUGAUCAUCUCUCAAAACCAAUUAAAGAAGUUUGUGUGGAAAGACGUCCCAAAUCCCAACAACUGUUCUUGGGCCAAGGGGAUAGAUUUCAAAAAGUUGGAUGGCAACCUAUUCGGUCAUCAGGAGGGCCUUACUGCUUGUCCACUUCUGCCUGUGAAUGAAAAUGUGUGUGAAGUCGAGAUUGUUGAGAAACUUUUUGCUGUGGAAGAAGACCAAGAAGAGAAGGCACUUCUUCACCAUUCAGACAAUACAGAACGCCAAAGCAACAAUCUCUCAUCCAGAGAAGGAUCAUUAGAUCCUCUUUCUCUCGAUGCGUCCACUGUUGCUGCAAGCUCUGAAACGUCGGGCCAGUCGUCUGUAAUGUACUCCACUAUCCUUGUGUUCGAUCAGCCUGUCCUCCAGAUGAAGCAGCAGGAGAGUUUAAGCAGCUCCAGCGACGAGGGCAACUUCUCAGCUAAUAACUCCGAAAUCUCUGGCUCCUUUCCUGGAGGCCUUUGCGAGCUGGAGAGCCAUUCCUCUUCUGAUAGCACCAAUCCCCGAAGCUCUUGCUCUUACAACUCCGUGGAGGAGUUUUCUGAAACGUCCGAACAAGAGGAUGAAGUUUUAGAGAGCACCCAGGUGUCCAAAGAACUCUAUUACAUGGGAAUGAAUGAAGAAGCUGAAGAAGAUGAGCUAGAUGAGGAGUAUAAAGAGGAAGUUGGAACAGAGGAGCAGAUUCCAGAUUCUAGUCCUAAGAUGGAAUGCAAGAAAACCAGUGAUUCAAACGUUCCUUUCUAUCUGCCACAAUUCCGGACUGCUGCCAUUAAACUUCUGAAGGAGGCAGUGGGAGACAGCACCCUCCAGCUGUGAACGGAAAUAUUGGCCUUACCUUGUGAAAACAGGUCACACUGUACGGUUUAAAUCCAUCAUAAUUCCAUUCUUUUUUCAUGAUCUCAUUCCUGAUAAGGAAAAUCUGAUCAUGGCAUAAUGAGUACAGGAUUUUAGGCAAAAAGGUAGGGGAAUUCACUUUUCUGCCAUGAUGUUAUUUCUCUUUUACCUUAAAUAGGAAGAGAAACUAUGAAAGAAAACAAGUUUCAUUGGCAGUGUGCUAGAUGGACCAUUUCCUGUUAUCAGCGCACAGUCUGUCUGUGAAUGUCAGCUGUUGGGUUAAAUGUCAUCCUGUUAUUAUUGCAAAUUUGCAUCCUCAUCAAAUGGGAGGUGCCUUGUGAGAUAGAGGGCAGAAAUGAUAUUUUAAAGUACUGGCGGAAAUAAAAUGCUGUAAGAGAGAGUAUAUACUGUAUCUGUGGCUGCAUGGGAAAACCCUUCACUUUGCCAAAUUUUGAUAUUCUAUAAUAAAGUAUAUAGUUUAUCUUCGAUUAGUGAAAAGGAAGAAAAUUGCAUGUAAAACCUCUACUGCAGCUCUACUGAAAGAUGCCACACCUACCUCUAUAUGGAAAGAUGGAAAAUGAUAUACUAUUAAUAUUCUAUACUAUUAAAAUAUACUAUAAAGUCUAUUUGGACAAAAGUAUUGGGACACAUAACUUUUCCUUUCCAAAGUGUUAUUACAAAGGGCACACAAUUGUAUAAUACGUCUUUGGAUAUAAUAUAUUUUCCCCUCACCUGAACUUGUUAACCAAUGAAAAUGUCCCUGUGCACAAAGCCAGCGCUAUGAAGAGUUUACAUGGGUUGGAAUAAAAGAAUAUAGAGCUCUGACCUCAAACCUAUUGAACACCUUAGAGGUGAAUUAGAACGCUGAAUGUACCCCAGGCCUCCACACCCUACAUCAGUACCUGACUUUUCACUCUUGUGGCUGAAUGAGCACAAAUCUCUAAAAUCACACUCCAAAAUCCAACUUUGGUGUCCAUACAGGACUGCAUCAUGUGUACUUAUAGUGUAUACCAACACAGCAGCAUGAGAAAAUGAAGGCAAGUAUACUGUAUACCUAUGAAAGUGCACAAUGGGGAAAUGAGCCACUGAUUUAUCAGCAGCAUCUGCCAGUCUCUGUUUCAUUACCAGAGGUAAAAUAAAAAUCACUUAUAAGAGCUUAAACACAAGCGCAAGAUACAGAAAACCCUCAUGGCAUUUAAGAUUGUUGUCUGUUGACAUCUGUACAGAGUGCCUAUAGGGCUUCUGUGUCUUUUAAUGACCAUAUAAAUGCACCAAAUCAGCACAUACAUGGUGGGAGCCAUCAUCCCAUUAAAAACUGAACUGUUGAAACGCAUGUUCAAGAGUCAAGUCACGACAAAUCAUGUUUGUUACACUAUGGCCUACAAAAAUGUAACAAUUUUAAAAUCUUAAGAAAAAAAAAUUUACCUAUGAAGAUUUUGCACAGUCUGACUUACAUCAUUUACAGCUGCUUUUUUUUGUUGGUUCUUUUAUAGUCAAAACCUCAUACUCGUGAUCACCUGACAGGUUUUCCCAGACCACCACACACAUACAGUAGCAAGAAAAAAAAGAACAGAUGUUAGCUCCUCAGGCAUCAGGAACAAACGAUCCUUGUCGUUAUUAGUGGAAAACUGAAUUUAAGGUGCUUUUGUAAAAGAAAGUGCAAUCAGUGGCAUUUAAAUCUGUUCACGAUUUAAGCUGCUUGGUUGAAUCCACAAGAGUUUUUAACCACUUGACUAAUAUUGUGUUUCUAUUUCAUCACCGUUUCACUGUGAAUGUCUAUUUUGUCAUCCAUGUUUUAGCGUUCAUCAAAACCUUUUAAUCAUCAAAUGUGAAGCGUUCUGUCUAUCUUCAGUGUCUGUUGAUUUGUACCACAACCAGUGUAUGGUGACCACCGAAUGUUAUUGACAGUAAUGAAAUUUGUUUAAUUGUUAAUGUUUCUAAAGAAUAUGUGAACAGUAUAUUAAUAUUUGAUGUCUAUUUUUCUGGUCUGAAUAAAAUAUUUAU